AAGAGCUGCAUCUUCUUCCGGCGUUGCAUUGUAGAGCGCAGGCGGAUCUGCGUCUCGAGGAGAGUGAGGGGGUUUGUGCCGCGCAAGGCUGUCAUGGCGACUAACAUCGAGCAAAUUUUUCGGUCUUUCGUCGUUACCAAGUUCCGGGAGAUCCAGGAACAGCAAUUCGGCAGUGGAAAGCUAGGAAAUCAGCACAAUGGUGAAAUAAACACAUCUGGACAAGUAAAUUCCUCAGAUGAUACAAUUCAAUCUAUAGAAAGUCUUCAAAAUGAUUCACUAGUGCAGAAGAUAGAACAAGUAUUAUCAGAAGUGUUGGGUACUGAGCCACGGUACAAAUCAGGGGAUGGAGAUGAUAUCGAAAGGAAUAAUUCACGCUCUAUUAAGAGAGGCUUAUCUGAAGACGUGCAAGAUGAAAUUCCAAGGAAAAAGUCUAAGAAGGACAAGAAACAUAAAGAUAAAAAGAAAAAGAAAAAACGAAAGAAGGAAAAAAAAGAGAAGAAAUAUAAAAAACAUGCCAAAGAAACAGAUGUUCAGCAAAAGGAAUGCGGAGAUAUGCAACUUAUUUCUCAUUCAAAUCUGGAAAAUUCAGGUUCUCUCUUAAGUGCUGAAAAUGAUAUAGAUACACCCUCUGGGUCUACCUUGAAAGAAGUUUCUACUUUGAUUAAUGAAAAAACUGUGUAUGAAAAUCUAAACUCACCUAUGUUGAAUAAUAUGUUUAGUUCAGAUACCAGCAAACUGGAUACCUCUGAAGAAGAUUCUACUGUCAUAAGUAUUCAGGAGGUCAGUGAAGUCAAGCUUACAAAUGAAAAAGAAUUGGAAGAUGACAGUUACCAUCCUAAUGUAACUGUAAAUACACGCCCAGAGGAUAAAUAUUUAAGUGAUGCCAUUUGCACAGUUGGAGAAAGAGUUUUGGAUAUAAGUGAAGUAGAGCAAGCUAAAUUAAUGUUGGAGACAACAGAUCAAGAAAACAUUCCUGAAAGCAGUCCAUAUUGUGUAAGAGGGGAGCCAGAACAUUUGGAAACCAGGCUGGAAUCUACUCCAAUGAAAGUAACAUGUGUAAGUUCAGUCACAGAACCUGUGGCUUCAAAAAAUUUGAAAGAAACAAUAUCCACAUCUUUUGAACCAACUGGCUAUAAAUUUAUGACUCUCCCUUUGGAGUCAAAUGCAGAAGCUAAAGAUUCAGUAACAACUUUAGGAUUUUUAGCUAUGGUGGUAGGAAAAGAUUUUGAAGCAACUUCAGAAUUUUUAAAUACUGCAAAAGUGAAAGCUUCAGAAAGAAGUCCUAAGCAUUCCAGUAGAAAAAGUGAUUCAGUGCACGAUUCUGAGAAAACUCUCACAAUGAAAGAUUUGCGCAAACCACAACAGUUUGGAACAGAACAGAAAGAUUUGGAAACUGCUCCAGAAGCUGUCCAUACAGUCCCUCAAAAAGAUCCUGAGCUAGCUCUGGUAGUUCAGCUGAAACCUCAGCAAGAAGUUUCAGAAUUUGAUGUACAAAAAUAUAAUAGAACAAACCUUAAUACAGAGAUUCCAAAAGAGAUGAAAGAAUUAAGAGAAACUUCUACCCUCAUGACAGGACUGAGUGAAUCAGAAAAAAAUGCAGGAUAUCUUCCAAUCCAAAAAGAUGCCACAGUUUUACAAAGAGUACCACUGUUAGAAAAUAUGACUAGAAUAGAUUCAGAAGAACAUCUCUCAGUUGUAGUAUUGGAAAAAACAAAUUUAGAAAUUAAUUCUGAUUUUACGCAAAUUGACACAAAAUGCUUAAAAGCAAAAUCUGAUGCUGUAACAGAAUCAGAAAAUUGGAAACCUGCUCCAGAAUCUUCUAAAGCAAAGAAUUUAGAAUGUGUCCAGGAAUUUGAGAAGGCUGAACAGAUUAAUUAUUUGGAAACUUCAUUAGAAACUGUAAUAGAAAAUAGAGGAAACUCUAAAAUCAUUCAACAUUCUCUGGCACUGUUUAAUGUGAAAGUUCCUGAAAAUGCUUCGCAAUUAAAAGACGUGAAUGUUUCAGAAACAACAAUACAAACAGAGGUUGGGAAAAUACAAAAUCUGGAAAGUUCAAAAUAUGUAGAUCUAAGAAAGAAAGAAAGCAAGAAUGCAGAGAAGUUGAAAAAUACUCCAGAAUCUUCAAUGCUUGCAAACAAUUUAGAAAAUACCUCUUCAGAGUUGCAGUGCAUAGAAGAAAUUAAAACAGUGAAGGAAACUUCACAAUCUGAUGUGGAGGCACACAAAAAAGAUUUCAAAACUGGUCUUGAACCUGAAGAGAGAGAUGUGGAUGCUGGCUCAGGUUCCCUGCAGAUGAUAUUUGCAAACUAUUCAGAACAUAAUCUAGAACUUUAUACAGAAACUGAAGGUAUGGAGUUGAAAAAUUCAGAUGCAGUUUUGAAAUCAUUGCAUAAGUCGAAUGUUGACAAUUUUGAACCAUCGUGUGCCAAGGAAAUCAGAUAUGUUAAAAGUACAGAAUCUGAAGCAGUGACUGAAGCAAAUGAUUUACAAGAAAACUUAAAACCAUUGCAAAAACAUGUAAAAAAUGUGGAAACUGCAUCAAAAUCAAUUGCAUUACCAACUGUGACAUACAUGGAGACACUUGAAGGUACUUCCAAUAGGAAACAAAGUGAAACCGAAUCUCAUUUUGUGCAAGAAAUAGAACAGAAACGUUUUGAUUCCACUGUAAAGAAAAACCAAAGUAGUGCAGAUACAACAGAUUUGGGACUUAUAUCAAGAAGUAAGGGACUAAUUGAAACAAACUCCAGUAAAAUAGGAGAAAGUGAGUCGUUAGGUAAGAGUCAAGGUCCAUUAUUCAUUUCAAAAUCAUUGCAUGAAAUUGAUGUAAAUUCAGAAAAAAGUAAUCAAGAAUUUAAAGAAAUAGCAGUAGUACAAGACUUAAAAGAACCUGAAAAACCUUUGGCAGCUGCAAUUGAUCCUAAAGAUUUUUUUAAAUUGAAAAAUUUAGUAUUAAUUGAACCAAAAGAUGAUUUUCCAUUUGGCACUACUGUGAAACAAUUUGAAUCAGUUUCAGAAUCUCUUGAACAAAGUCAAGAACAAUUAGAGCACACAAGGACACAAAUUAGAAAAGAAUGUUUAGAUUCUGUGCUUGAUUUAGGUGUUAAAUGUGCAAGAACAAGUUCAAAGAUUCUGUAUAUAGAUGAAUUUAAUAUUCAGGAAAAGAACAAGAAAUUGGAAGAAAAAAUAGAAACUACAGGAUUAAUGGACGCACCAGAAUCUCUGCAUUUGUCAGAGAGAGAUCUGAUUGUUCUUACUUCUGAUUCUGGAACUAAAGUUUCAGACUAUGGUCCAGAAACUGUGUACUUGGCAAAAACAAAUUCAGAGACCAUCCCAAAGUCUUAUGAAAUUCAAAUGAAAGAUUCAAAAACUUCAGAAUCUAAAACAAUGAAUAUAAAAGACUUGAACAUUGAUUCAGAACCUUUGCUUCAAACAGGUGUAGAAACUAAAGAAUACAUUCCAGGAUGUAAAUCAGAUAGUGUGGAAUUUACAGCAGAAACUCCCAGAAAAAAUGAAAUGCUUCCAGAAUCAAAGAGUGUAACAAAGUUGCAAAAGUCAAAUGCAUUACUCAGAAGUGAAGCAUUGACAUAUGAACAUUUGAAAACACCUCCAGCAUCUGUAUACAUAAUAGAUACUGAAGAUCUAGAAAUACCUCCCAAGUCUAAAGAAUUGGAUGUAAUAGAAAAGCAGGGUGUUCUAACAUCUCUAUUUGCCUCAGUGGAAUCCAUAGAUGUACCAGAAGAAAGUUUUGAACGUAAUUACAGAACAGAUAUGAAAAGGGUAGAAGGAAGUCAGAAGUCAAUUAAUGUAGAGUUUAUGGGUAAAGAAAAGAUAAAUGAUGAACCUGUCCAGCCAUCUAAUGAAAAUGAUGCAAAUAUUUCAAAACUGUUUAUGUCUUCAAAUCGUGGUGUAAGAGCACAGAUUAUAGAAGAAAGACUGUCAGUUGCUGACAAAGAAAGUGUUUCUGGUAUAACUUCAGAAUCAGGUACAGAAUUAUUAAAAUGUUCUGGAGUUUCUGAAACUAUCACAGGCCAAGAGAGAGAGAAGCUUGAUACAACUCUGCCUGAAUUUAUGGUGGAUGUCCAAGAUUUGAAAGAAAGCCCUACUAAUUUAGAUGCACGAGAGAUGAAGGAUUUAAAAGCUACUCAGAGAGAAAAAUAUACUAAGUCUCUUUAUGUAUUGGAAUCCAGAGAUGCAGCUGAUGUUUCACAGUCUGGGUCUAAAAUUGAACCAAAAGGUUUAAGAGCAACAAUGAGCUAUGAAAGACUAUCGGAAAUAAAAACUCCAGUGGCCACUGCAAUGCAGUCAAAGAAACCAGAAUUAACAUCUUCAGAAUCUGUUUCUAUAUUGGAAGUAACUGACAGUUCAAAAAUCCCAGAGCUCAAAACUGCUCAAACGUAUUUGGGAGUAACUGGUUUCAAAUCUUCUGACACAACUGCAGAGAGUUGUCCACUAGAAAUAAUUGACUCUGACUCGCAAAUACAACAAGAAAACAUUUUGGAAGUAAAAAAUUUGGAAUCUGCUUCAGAAAUUAAAUAUGGGCUAGCAACACAUCCAUUCAAAAUUGCUUCCGAAUCUGAAAAAGUGACACAAGACCAACUUUCGAAAGCUAUUUCAAAUAUAUUAUCUUCAGGCAAUAUGGAAAACCUAGAACAAAUUUUGAAAUAUAGACGUAACCAGGAAAUAAAAGAUUUAGAGUCUCCCCAAUAUGAUACCACAGUGGCCAAAAAUUUAAAAGGAAGUCUUACAUAUGAAGAAAUAAUAGGUAUUUCAGAGAUAACUACUCAAAUUUCAAAAGUAAGAGAUACCGGAUCAAAUAUAUCAGCUAUAGUUCCAGAAACAACUGAAAAAUGUUCUGAAAUAUUUCUGGAAAGUAUAACUAUGUCAGAUACACAGGCUACAAAUACAAAUGUAGAACUAGACAAUUUAAUUAACAAGUCACCUGACAUUUCUACAGAUAUUAAUAAAUCAAAAUCAAAUUCAGGACUUACCGAUAUAAUGGAAUUGAAAUGUAACAAUGCUUCAGACUCUGUACACAUGAAAGAACUGGAAGAUUUUGAAACAGUUGCUGUAAGCAAGUCUGUCAUUGAAAUAAAAAACCUUCAAACUGUACAAACAUCAGGAGAGAAAGAGCAAAUGGAUUUUCAGGAACUCUCAAAAACAGUGUUACCUUUAAACACUCAGAAUUUGGAAAGAAACUCAAGUUUGCCACAACAAAAGUUAUUAGAAACAGCUGUAGAACCUGUUAAAGAUUUUGUAUCAGUUUCUGAAUGUUCAAGUACAAAGGAUAUUGAACAGAAUUUAAAAAGUGGAUUUGUGGCAGAAGGGAAAGUUCAGGAAUCAACUGUAGAACAUGUGAUAUUAACCCAAGAUAAGAGUGCAGAAAUAAUUCCACAGUUGACUUCGGAAAUGAAAGAUUCAGAAGCAACCUUAGAAUCUGUAGGUGUGGCAAACAGAAAAGAUUUAGAUGUACAGAUUUCUUCAAAGGAGCAAACAACUAUAAAACCUCUCUGUAUGACAACAGAAGGCAAUGUGGAAGUAAAUCAACUGGAAACCAUUGUGCUGGGAGAUUCAGGAGAAGCUGUAAAGCCUGUGCACUUGACAGAGAAAGAAGUCAUCAAAGUGGGAGAAUGCAUUGAGGCAAAAGAUUCAGGAAUAGCUGUUGAAUCUGAGGUUAUAAUAAAGGAUAAAGACUUGGAAAUUUCUCUUCAGGACUCUUCAAAAUAUCAGGAUUCAGAUGCUACUCUGAAUUCUUCAGACAUAAUUAAGGAAAGUGAUGGGAGUAAUUUAAAAGACAAAAAAAGUGAAAAAAUAAGUAGCAAAAGUAAAGAUAAAAGUAAAAGUGGAAAAAAAGCAAAAAAAAGCAGAUCAAAAUCUCCUUCCAAGUCAAAGAAGCGUAAAAAGAAAUCUAGAUCACGUUCUACCUCUAGACAUGUAUCUAGAAGAGCACGUUCUAGAAGCAAAAAUGAUUCCAGGUCCAAGAGAAAGCACUCCAUUUCACGUCAUAAAUCUAGAUCCAAAUCUGUUGAUAAAAAAGAAGAAAAAGAAUCUUCAUUAAGAUCUAGACGAAGACAGUCACGAACCUCUGAUCGUCUUAAAUCUAGAUCUAAAUCUCCUGAUAGAAGAGAAACUUCAAUAAGAUCAAGACGAAGACGAUCCAGAUCAUCUGAUCACAAGUCUAGAUCCAGAUCAGUUGAAAAAAGAGAAUCAGCUAGGAGAAGACGAAGGUUAUCCAGGUCUUCUGACAAUCGCAGAUCUAGAUCAAGAUCAGUUGAUAGAAGAGAGACUUUGACAAGAUCAAGGAGGAAGCGCUCCAGAUCUUCUGACCAUCAUAAAUCUAGAUCACGAUCAAGUGACAAAAGAGAGACCUCUGUGAGAACAAGGCGAAGGCGAUCUCAGUCUUCUGAUCAUUGUAGAUCUAGAUCCAAAUCGUUUGACAGAAGAGACUCUUCAAUAAGAACACGGAGAAGGCGAUCUAGAUCUUCUGAUAAUCUCAAAUCUAGGUCAAGAUCUCCCGAUGACAAGAGAGAGCUUUCAGUGAGAAGAAGGGGGAGAAGAUCAAGGACCCCUGAAAUCCGCAAAUCUAGGUCUAGAUCUGUUGACAGAAGGGAGAUUUCAGGGAGAGGAAGGCGAAGGCGCUCAAGAUCCUCUGAUAAUCGUAAGUCAAGAUCCAGAUCAGUUGACAAAAGAGAGAGUUCAGUGAGGAUAAGGCGAAGGCGAUCCAGGUCUUCUGAUAACCGCAGAUCAAAGUCCAAAUCUGUUGACAAAAGGGAGACUUCAGUGAGGAUGAAACGAAGGCGGUCUGGGUCCUCUGAUCGCAAAUCUAGAUCCAAAUCUGCUGAUAAAAGAGAGACCUCAGCUAGAUCAAAAAGGAGACGUUCUAGGUCUUCUGAUAAUCACAAAUCUAGAUCGAAAUCUGUUGAGAACACAGAAACCGCAGCAAAAUCAAAAAGACGAUCUAAAUCUACUGAUCAUAAGUCCAGAACAAAAUCAGUUGAAAAGAGGGAGUCAACCUUAAAUUCUAGACAUAGACGAUCUAGGUCAUCAGAUCGGCCAAAAUCUAAAUCAAAAUCUAGAUCAAAGUCUUCUGAAAGAAAAAAAGACAAAGAUUCUGUGGAUGGAUCAAGAGAAAAACGUUCUAAAUACAGAUCAAAGUCUAAGUCUCUUGAGAAAACAGAUGGAACUGAGUCUUUGGAAGCAACUUUGAAUAAUCGAGAAAAAUCACCUGAGCAGCACAAAUCUAAAUCUAGGUCUAGGUCUAAAUCUAUUGAUAAAGCAGGAGAGAAAGAACGCUUGAGAAGAUCAAAAAGUAAAGGUUCCAAGUCCCCAGAAACUAGGUCUCGUAGACGUAGAACAGUAUCAAGGUCUAGAAGAAAUCGUUCACGAUCAUUAACACGGAAGAGAACAAGAUCUAAAUCUGAUCAUCGAUCACAGUCACGGUCUCGAACUCGUUCACAAUCACGUUCAAGACGGAGGAGGACUAGAUCAAGAUCAGUAUCAAGACAGCGAUCUUUGUCAAGAAAAAGAAAUAGACGAUCUCGGAGAAAUCGAUCAAGAUCAACAGAGAGGAGGAGAAGAAGAUCUGAUUCAAGAGACAGUUAUAGAAUAUCUCUCAGGUUGCGGUCCAGAAGUCGAACACCUGUCCGUCUGAGAUGUUCUAGGUCUACAGGAAGAAGAAGAAGUACUAGUAAAUCACCUGAUCAUCGACGGUCUAGAUCUUCAAGCAGAUCACCAAAACGUCUCACUGACUUGGAUAAAGCACAGUUACUUGAAAUAGCCAAGGCAAAUGCAGCAGCAAUGUGUGCUAAGGCUGGUGUUCCACUCCCACCAAAUCUGAUGCCUGUUAUAACUCCAGAGAAGAAGGAAGAGAAAGUUACUCAAAAGUCAGCAAAAGAAACAAUAUUGGAACUGACUGAGAAAUGCAAGAAGAUUGCCCAAAGCCAGGAAGAUGAUGUCAUUGUAAAUAAGCCUCAUGUUUCUGAUGAAGAAGAGGAGGAACAUCCUUUUAUCAACCAUCCCUUUAAACUGAAUGAGCCCAAGCCUAUUUUUUUCAAUUUAACUACUCCUACAAUAAAACCAACACCUCCAAAAAAUCAGGUAACUCUGACAAAAGAGUUUCCAGUUUCUUCAGGGUCUCAACACAGGAAAAAAGAAGCGGAUAGUGCAUAUGGGGAAUGGGUUCCAGUUGAGAAGGACAAGGAUGAGAACAAGGAUGAUGUGUUUCCCGAUCCAGCCAAUUUGGAGCCUGUGGACAUCUCAUCAGCACUGACUGAACGGACGAUAGCCCAAAAGAGACUUACGGAAAAUACAUUUGAUCUGGAGGCAAUGUGCUUGUUAAAUCGUGCACAAGAACGGAUUGAUGCCUGGGCUGAGCUGAAUUCUAUACCAGGCCAUUUUACAGGCAGUACUGGAGCACAGGUCUUGACUUCUGAACAGUUAUCCAACAGCGGUCCCCAAGCGUGGGUUAAAAAGGAGGACCUAGAUUUCAUCUGGAGGGACUGACAGCGCUGAUCUUACACGAUUGCUACAAUGAACAGGAAACCCGACCAGGAAUUCCCAGGUGAAAAAUGUAUAGGAGAAAGCAUAAUGGUAUGCUAUAACAAUAAUCUUCCCUUACUUCAGAAAUCAGUGUCUGCCAAUAUUACUCUCUCCUGAAAGCAAUGCAAGAUCUUCCAACAAAGUAAGCAUUUGUGUAAUAAAAAAACAAUUGGGGAGGGGGCACUUAAGAACAGGAUUGGUAUAUAGAUUUCUCCAAUUUUUGCAGAGGUUGGAAAACUGCUGAUUUUGGAUCAUUUUAGGAGCUUAAACCAACGUCUGAUGAUACUGCUAUAUUAGAUCUCUGUAAUGAUAAACAUACACUUUAGUUUACCUGCAACUUAAAAACAGACAAGAACGUAAUUAGUGAUUUCAUCUAAGGGCUAAUAUGUUCUGUCAUGGAAGUAAUGAUCUGAUUUCUGUCAUUAAUAUGCUUCCGAGCAAGGCUUCUUGUCUCUAUAGAAAAAAAUUUAGAAGCAUGUGAACUGCCUUUUGGCACUUUGGAAGUAUUUUUCAAUGAUAUAUUCCUGAUGUUGUGGACACUGUGGCUACAGAAUGCAGAUUAGAAAAAAAACAUGGAUUGUCUGCCCAAACCCAGAUAAGAGAAUGGAGUUAGAUAUAUUUUCAGUAAUUGGAAAUUAGAAUUUCAGUUCCAUUUGCAAUUCCUUUUUCUAUAUUUUUGUAGCCCUUUAUCAUCUUAGUAGCCUUGAUAUUCUGUAUUUCAAAUAUAAUAAAAUACUUUGCACAUACAUACAUAAGCACACAUAGCAGUGAAUGUGAGUUUUUGUGAUAUCAAUUUAGCUGCAGUGUCCAUCCACAUUACUUCUCCCCUCAUUUUAUUAUUGCUCCUUCUUUAGCAUAAUGCUGUUACUUCAUAGCUGUAAGUAUAGAUAUAAAGGCAACUCUAACAACUUCACUGUCCCCAUUCCCCAAUCAUAUUUGUUUCCAUUUAGAAGUAAAAAUCAUGAACACCACUGUCUCUUACAUAUGGCCAUAAGAAAUGUUGUUUACUGUAUGUGAGAAAUAUUGAUUUGGUAACAAUAUUCUUUAAAUACUUAACAUUGGUUUAAGUGAAGUUUCAUUUCUGAAGUAAUUACAAACUUUGCAGAAAUAGUCAGUGGCAGACAUGGUCUGCUCACUGUAGUCCGUUCUGUGUUUUUCUUAUAGGUAUUCACCCUUGCACCCAGGAUUGGGUCUUGGCGUUCCCAUUUGUGUGGGCUUUUCUUGGCAUUGAAUGAAUCUGGUAAAUUGUGAUUUCUUACCUCUUUCGUUCCUAACUAUCCCUGCACCAGUUUGAAUAUCAUUUUUUUUUCCAUUACAGUGGUGUUGAAUACUUACUCUGUCAGGCGUUCUUACUGCUAGGUGCUUUUAUUAGAUUUCAUUUGCUCGUCCUGUAAAUUAAUUUGUAGAUCUGUCAGCAUUUUUUUACAAUAGGAACAAGAAAUGGCUUGCCCUAACUAGCGACAAGAAAUUUUCUACUUCACUAAGUCUUGUUUAAUAUAGAGAGAUUUAAAGAAUCACAAAGGACAAAUUGUCAUAGAAGCAAUGUAGAGUCAGAGCAAAACAAAUAAUUCAAAAUUUAAAAACUUUUACAUGUUUCCCAUAUCAUUUGUUGACUUUAUAGUUGUCUAUUUCAAUAAUAACCAAUCUUGACUUAUUGUACCUUUGUACUGGAAAAAUAUAUUAAUAAUAUUGUAGAUUUAGUUCCUCCGUACUAUGAAAUAACAUAGUCACCAUGUAAUGUUAUUUCAAGUACUUUCUGAUAGUGAUUGUUUAGCAUUGUAAAUAAAAUAUUAAAUGUAUAUACUUAA